UUACCAUCGCGAUUUUGACAGUUGACAUUGACAACAAACUAAACGCACUACAAAAUUUGAGCUUCGAAAUUUUUCGCACGCGCGCACUGUACUUAAAAAGCUUUUUACACUUAUUUUCUAACUGGCGCGGUAUGAGAGGCGCUGAAACUUUGAUUCCAGCACGUUUUCUGACUCUGAUAGGCCACCUUUGUGUGCUAGUUUCCUUGAUAUGGGAGAGCCAACAGAGCGUUCAGCACUGUUUACCGAGCCAGUAUCACCAAAACUAUUUCGAGACCUAUCACAGUCGAUUGGUCGCCGCAUACGCCGCGUCCAUAGUUCUCGUUCUGAUUGAACUGACUACCUUCAUACUCGGCCUAACUAUGUGCUCACCCACUGUCUCCAUGAUAUCUAUCGGUUGCCAUGGAUCCGCAUGUGCUGCGCUCACAUACGGUGUGGUGGGCAGUUGGCAUUGCGGUUGGGUGUGGCCCAUACUAGUUUUCGGUGCUGCGUUACCUGCUGCAGCUGAUAUUAUUGCAGCUGCCUCCGCUAUAUGCUCUCUUAGACGAUAGAUUUUAUUAUGCUUCCCACAAACGAACAUCAACAGCUGACCAACAGCACCAAGUACAAGGGCGGAUGGUCCUUCUACUUAGUUCUAGCUGGUGUCGCUACAACAUUAGGCUGCUCUCUUCCCGUCGGAUACAAUAUCAGUGUCAUCAAUACGCCUGCUGCGAUUAUCCAGAAAUUCGUAAACGGGAGCGUGGUCGACCACUACGAUGUGGUUGUUACUAAAAGCUGGAUGAAUGUGCUAUGGUCUUCGGUGGUCGCCAUAUUUAUUGUCGGUGGCUGUGCGGGUUCCAUAUUAGGAGCUUCGCUGGCUGACAAGCUUGGCAGGAGAAAAGCGACACUUCUGACGACUGUGAUUUCGGUGGUUGGAGCCGUCUUGUUUCUAGUAUGUCGGGCCGCGAACUCUGUGGAGCUGCUCAUAUUGGGCAGACUCAUUGUUGGUCUAUCAGCCGGUCUAACCACGAGCAUUGUGCCAAUGUACUUAACGGAGUUGGCCCCAAUGGCCCUGGCGGGGGCAAUGGGGGUCGUGUGCCCCAUGGGAGUCAACUUUGGGGUGCUAGUGGGGCAAAUUAUGGGCCUUGACGUUAUUCUUGGUGGAGUUGACGAUUGGCCCUAUCUCCUUGCCGCCUAUGCUGUGCUAGUCAUUAUUUGUGUACCGGUUAUUUUUAUACUGCCAGAAAGUCCAAAAUAUCUUUACGUGGUUAAGAGGGAAGAGGAGACUGCUUUAAGUGAGCUAAGCCGCCUCCGCGCCGUAUCCCCCAGCAUCCUCACCGAAGACCUGGAGCUCCUCAAGGAAGAGGCGCGAGCAGCAGAGGAAGCGAGCAGCCAGCAGUGGAGUAUGCUGCGCGUGAUGAAAGAGCCGCGGCUUCGGCUCGUGCUGCUGCUGACGUGCUCAAUGCAGGCUGGCCAGCAGACCAGCGGGAUUAAUGCUGUAUUCUACUAUUCGGACAUAAUCUUCCGCGGCGCCGGCCUAUCCGCUAAAGGCUCCCAAUACGCCACGAUAGGCUGCGGAGCCAUCAACGUCGGUACAGCUCUAGUGAUGAUCAAAUUGCUGCCGAAGUGUGGACGCCGACCAUUGCUACUAGGCUCUAUAUUAGCGGCUGCCAUAUGUUUGGCCUCGCUAGCUGUGUCCAUAAGGUUUUUGGACGCGAUCGCAGGAAUGCCGUACGUGUGCAUGGCAGCAGUGUUCGCGUACGUGCUCGCUUAUGGCUUCGGACUUGGACCCAUCCCGUAUUUCAUAGCUUCAGAAAUGUUCGAAGUACUCCCUCGCGGCGCCGGCAUGGCGUGGGGCUCGCUGGCCAACUGGGCCGGCAACUUCCUGGUGGGGAUGACCUUCCCCGUCGUAAGGGACGCCAUUGGGGCGUAUUCCUUCAUCGUCUUCGCCGCUGUCACUACUGCGCUCUUCGUGUUUCAGAAAUUCUACUUCCCCGAAACUCGCGGCAAGACCCAACUUCAAAUCACGCAGUUAUGCAGUCGAGGAUUCCGUUCUCGCCCCCUCUCCCACCAAAGCGUCUGACGUCUACAACAACCAUCCAACACCACCCACCACCCACACAACAACGUACCAUCGCCCACCACCCACACAACAACGUACCAUCGCCCACCACCCACACAACAACGUACCAUCGCCCACCACCCACACAACAACGUACCAUCGCCCACCCUGUUAACUGUACAUCGGUUCGGUGGACCUUAUGCCUUUUGUAAUAAGGUCCAGCGAUGUACAGUUAGGAGUGUUGCUGUUUGUACAAGGUGUAAAAUCGGACUAUGCUACGUUUCAUGUCAAACGUCAAGUAUCUUAGGGGCCAAGUUUGUUAGUUAGCGUGGUGCAAGUCUAUAGUAGUUUGUGUUACAAGGGAUCAAAAUGAUAUAUUUCCGUCAAGGGCGUACAUUGAAUCCUGAGCGUAAUGAGGGAUUCAAGUGUUAACGCCCAAGAAGAAAUAAUUUUGAUACCGUGUGACACAUACUGCUUUUCACAUCAACUAUGAGGAAAAUAAAAAAAUCUUAGUGUUGACACAAUCUGAUGCUUAAACAGAUUAUUUAAGCUAAAAAAAUUAUGUGCAAAAAAAUGUAAAAAUAGUGUGCUAGAACAGAAAAGUGUUACUUUGAUCCCUCUUAGCAGGGAAGAAAAGUGCCAGGUUGAUCCCUCCUAGCAGGGAAGAAAAAGCCCUUUUCCGAAUAGGUGAUGUGAAAAGAUUUAAGAAAAUUCGUGCCGGCCAUAUCUAUUGUGGUAUCUGAAUUGUUAAUUAAAUUACGUUAACUUUUGCUAACCAAAGUAACCAUAUACAGAGCCAAUUGUAGUGCAUAAUUGUUUUCCUUCGUAUUUUCUCGGACACGUUCGUAUUUGUCAUGCUACUUCAGUCAACCUCAGUACUUUUUGUACCGAGAGUGAAAAUACUAUGGAAAAUAAUUAUGCGCUACAUCUGUGUUUGAAACAGCUACAGCUGUCAAACUUGAGGCACGAGUUUUUCGUAGGUUUUAAUUCUCUACUGAAUUUAAUGACUUUUUGCUAUCUAAAGCUCAAAACUUAUGUUGUGCGUAAUGUUUCUCGUUAUACAUUUAAACGAGUAAUUCUUGCUAUAUGGAGGUUUUCGGGGGCGAAAAAUCGAUCUAGCUAGGUCUUAUAAUUUUUGAGUUUUUAUAUGUUUUCCGAGCAAAGCUCGGUGUCCUAAAUAUUUUUAGUUUAUAUGCACUAGAGCGUUCUUUAGUUAUUUAAAUUUUUGCCAUAGACAAAGGUCUCCCAAGUACUAGCAAGUUCAAUUGACAUAUGUUAUAUAGUCUAUGCUCAUUUGAAAUUUGUAUACAUCACACAUUCUGACUUUGUAAUCUCUAAUGACUUUAAUAAUGUACUUAAAUGCUUUUUAUGGUUGUUAUUUGGUUAGUUUAUAUUUUAGUUUUGUCAAUUACCAUAAAUGGGAUAGAUGUAUUUUGGAUUGUUAUUUUAUUCUUUAAAGUAAAUACUUAAAUAGAUCUUUUAAACCGGGAAAGUAAAUAAUGGUUUAAGUUACAUUUUAUUUUAUUUUAACGUAAUAUAAUAUCAUCACAAGAAACAGCUAAUAUAUUCUCGAAUAUAAUUAUUACUUUUAAGUACCAAUUAAUUAUCUUAAAAUCACACUCCAAAUCUAGUCGAUUUAUGUUCUUCAGAAAUUAUUCCAUAACAAAACAGUAGCUAUCACAUAAUUAUAUUUAACUAAAAAAAAAUGAAUGUUGGUGUAUGUUUGAUUACUUACUUUUAGUACCUAUUGUACUUAUUAAUAUUAUUUAAUAUUUUCAAAUGAAAUGUAAUUUUAGAAUAAGUACAUAGUAAUUCUAUUAACUACCUUAAAUCUUAAGAAACUAAAACCUGUUCUGAGCCAUGCCGGGUCCAAAGGUCCGCAUCACACUAGCAGCGUUACCCUGCUGUAUGGUGAUGGAGACCUUUUGGACAAGCCUUAUAUUAAUUAAAUUUUUGGUUUAGAGGAGUAUAACCAUAGACUAGGAAUCCUCUAGACGGAGUUUAGAGCAAUUAUUUCAUGCAACCGAUGCUGCCAAAAAUGCGGGGGUGCGCGGGACGAGGUUAGCGAGAUCCCGUGCCGUGAUUGGUCCGUUCAAACGACGAACGAGUUCACGGACGUCACACAAAGACACUUUCGACUCGAACAUGGAGUAAAUUUACCGUAUGCGUGGCAGAGGGGGUAGCGCGACUAUGCUCAGUCUAGAGGAUGUUUUGUCUGUGAGUAUAAC